CCUUAUUUCUUUGCAUGUUAUAUGAUUUACUCUACUAAAGUGAUUUUGUAUUUACUUUUCAAAGGAUCACCUCCACCUUUAGUGUCAGCACCUUCUCAAAGAGUUCCUCCCAUUACGCCUUCUGAUCUAUCCGCGAAAGGUGAAUCGUCUCAAGACAAGAAAAGUGAAGAUUCUAACCAAAGGAGGGUCGUCAUAUUUUCACACGCGCUGCCCAAAGACAAGACGUGCCAGUUCAAAAAAGAUUUUGUUCAAGAAUUUCACGAGUCUGUACUUCAAACUACACAGCAACAAUUAGAACAUAGCAGAUUGCAACACACGCCCCAAGUGCUACAACCUCCUCCUCUUAAUCAUUCGGCCUACUCGUCCCGUUAUCAAAGUACAUCAAAUAUCAAUCAAAGUAAAGAUUCUGAAGUGCAGAGGAAUUACGAUAGAAAACACGAACACUACAUACAUCGAUGGCCAGGAAUAGAAGCUGUGAUGGAAGCUUAUGAAAGGUAUCUUUCUGAACAAAAAUUAGAGCAAGAAGUGUUAUCUGAGAGAUGUAAUUACUUAAGAAUUCAGCAUCAAGAACUGAAUCGAGAGGCAGAAGUAAUCAGUCAGCGUAUGUCGAGCCUUUUGCAACUCAGAAACCAACUGGACGAAGAAAGGUAUCAUCUGCAGCACGCCAUCAGUAAGCUGAAAUCUUGCCUACAGCAGUUGAGAUAACUGCUGCGCAUCCAGGUGCCUAUUUUGUCGAACUCGAAACAAGAAUGCUGUAAGAGAGAAGAGUUUGCGUUUCCGGGAGAGGACCUUUUUUUACCUACCAAUGGUGAUCUCACUGCCACAUUCGGAUCGAAUUUGACGAGAAACGACAGCAUUCCAGUUAUCCCUAAUGUGAUGUUUUCGUUAGUUGACGGACCAAUCAAAAUCCCCAAAACGGGAUGAUAUCAAUAAGGGAACACGACGCUGCCCUAGUUUCGCAGACGAUCAGACAGAAGCGUUUCUGUCGGACUUUAUACUUUGCCGAGAAAAUUCUCAAAUUGCACAUAGUAAAUGUCUUAAACUUUGUUCUCAUCAAAUGUGAAUGCACUCUACGAUAUUAUUCCUCAACGCUUUACUUCACGUUGGUUUGCUAUUUAUACAGCAUUUGCCCACGCUCAUUAUUUGUGAUAAGGUCAUGGAAAACAUAUUCCUUUUUGUACAAAAAGACGCACGUCUCCAUUCGUGUCACUCUGUUUCGUUUAAGGCGAGGAGUAGCUACCAUAUUAUGAAGUUAUUAUAUUGAUUAAAGAAACAUUUAUUGGUUCUGAUAAUUACCUUUUGUUUUUAAUUACGUGCCGAAAAUUUAUCGCUUAUUUUAAGGAUUCCGAUAUGCGACCGAAGCCUUUUAAUUAUAACAACGAAACAAAACUUGUGUAUUGUAUAACUGUACAGUAUAAUUAUAUAUAUCGGAGAAGUAGCAGUCAAAAUUCCAAUCUCCGGUCGGACAUUCCAGAAAUCUUUGGAUUUGUUGCACUACAUUAGAUCUAUUUAUAAGAUCCAUUCGAACUAGAUGUAUAUUAUCAGAAUAUACUGUAUAAUAUGUACAAUAAUCAACUUUCUAAUAUUCUAAUUAUUGAAUAGUCAAAAGGUAUUCCAGGAAUACUCAAUAAAAAUAUUAGAUAUACUUCUCGUACUUCGAUAGUCUCGAAAUAUUCUAAGAUUAUAUAUAUCUAGUUCAGAUAAGACAUUCCAAAAUGACAAAACUCUAACUUUUACCUGGUGUUACAACUAAGAAUUUUUAAGAAAAUAAAGUUUAUCAGCAAUACUUUCUACA